AUGCGUAUGAUUGAUAGCGGAUCAAUUGGUAAUACUUUGUUGUUUAAUUCAGUCGGUCAAGAAAAUAAAGAAUUCGUAUCUCCAGAUGGAUGGAAACGAUUCGGUAUUAAAGUAGCUGACAAUGGCACUGCCUUCAACGCUAAAUGGGGUUCAUGGCAUAUUGCUUAUCAUGGUACCAAAGGUCAGCAUGUACCAUUCAUUUUAACAUCAGGCUUGUGUGUAGCAAUUCAACAAUACUCUACAUCUAAAAAUAAUCAAACCAUCUUUUUAUCUCCGAGUAUUGAAUAUAUGGCUCAUCCGCAACAUACUCGAAUAUGGAGACACAUUCAGAAAGAUGAUGGAAAAUGUCGUUAUUAUCAACUCGUUUUUCAAUGUCGUGUUAAUCCAGAAGCAGUAGGUGAUCCCAAAUCUGAAACAUUACUUCAAGAAACUUACAAGAUUACGCGUGUUGAUAAAGAUUUCUGUAACGAAGAACUCGAAUGGUUUAUAAAAGCUAAUGCUGCUGCAAAAGAAUUCAUUCAUGAUAAUAUUAUUUGUUAUGGUCUCAUGAUACGAGUGAUUGAUUGUCAUCCGUAUGAUCUUCCAAUCUUAAGUUGGUGGAAGAAUACCGAUUGCGGUGAAUAUUAA